AGCAGACUGCAGAACACGAAAACGAAUUGGGUUCGAUAGAGAAUUUUGAGCUAGCUACGAAGGAUGAGCUGAUGUAAAUAACGCCAACGUCAUGUGUACCCGACUAAAAUAAAAUCAAAAAAUACUGCCUGGAUCGACGCAUAUCUAACUGAAACAAUGUACGAUCAAGGUGGGAAUGUCCACACGACGGCAUGACAUUGAACUAAAUCCAGUCCAUUACACAGUUGCAACCAAAAUUGCACGAAUCAAAAGCAUGCAUGAAUUUCGUGUGUCAUCCACGUCUUUGUCACCAGUUGUUUCGUCACAGAACACGUUUUGCAACGGUCUAGCAAAUUGGGCCUCCCCCUAAUUAUGAGGAGUGCGUGGGUGGAGGCAUGGAAUCGCGCGUGCGUUCCCGUGCACGGAAUAUCAAUAAGCCACACGUGUAUGUGUGAUUUGAAACAAGUUUACGAUCGUCGCACUUCGAUUUGGCGCAAUUACGUUCACUCCCCCAGAGGCAACGUAAAUCAAACGCAAUGAUAGUGGGAAAAUGUCUCAGCGGAACUUUUUUGCACCAGUUACUAUUUGACAGCGGUGAUGACCACUGCUAGGCGUUUUCAAUUAAGCCCAAGAAUGGCGACAGUUUUCAAAAUCUUCCUAGCGUUGACGCUUCUUGCAACGGCCAGCGAAGCACUGUCCGUCUACCCGCCUGAUUUCUACAACCUGGACAUUCAGAACUUUCGGUUCUUCAAGCACCAGGGACGACCCCCGCAGCCGGUUCGUUACGGUGUGCGGCCGAUCUAUCCGGAGCCGUCGCUCCCGGAGAAGGGCAAGGCGGUGUACACCUACUUCCGGAAUCUGUUCCUCGGCCAUCCGGUGCAGCAAAAUACGUACCAGAUUGUGUUCGAUCCGGAGCGGGGGCAGCGGUUGAGGGAGGCCUACCAGCGGCAGUUUGGCUAUCGGGGGGAGAAUUUGAUCGCUUACAUUGGAAACGGUCACUCGCCGAGAGAGCUGAGAUAUCAUGGUGCCAUUGGGAGGGAGUUUGGGCGGUACUAGUGGUGUGGUGAUCAGGAGAAAGGCUGUUUGUGAUCUUAAAAAGUGUAACAAUUGACUGCCAAAUUUAUUUUAGUGUUUUGGUGUUGUGUACAUGAGUAAAGCAUCUAGAAAAUAUAUAAUAAUAAUUAAUAUAUUAUUUAUAACCUAAGUAAGGUUCACGUGUAAUAUCAUCCAAUAAGUUAAACUUUGCAGUAUUGCUAUCAGUUGAUCGAUGUGUAAGUUGUUGCUUGUUGCAUUCCCUCGAACAGUCGGGCGAGUCUGUGAAAAAUCAAAAAUAAAAACUAAGAUGAAAAAUA